UCUCUCUCUCUCUCUCUAACAGUGGUAUAUUUGUAUUGACAAGCUGUUUUCCAAGCUUUUGCUUUCAAGUCCCACAGAGGCAAAGCAAGAAAGCAACCCCCAGCAGCUUUUUCUUCUCUUCUUCAAAAUCGAAAGACUUUUCACUAAAUUCUCCUUCUCCUCUGCUAAGCCCUUCCUUCCCUUUCGCUCCUGCUUCUUGCUUUUUUUUUUUUUUUAUGGAUUUUCAGCUUUCCGAGGCUCCAAGUUCUCAAUUUUACCCGACAUUUCUGCUCCUCAUCUGAAGAAUUGAUUUGGGUUUGUGUCGCUUUUGCUGUGUAUGAUUGGUCACAGUGGCUUUGGAUUUGGUUGGGAAGUAGCCUAGGGUUUAAAAAAUCAGUCAAUUUUUGUCUAACGAAAUCUCAGUUAUAAGGGUCUUCCCUUCCUUCCUUCCUUCCUUCCUCUGCUUUUUUCUUCUGUCUGCCUUUUGGUUCUGGAAUUUUCCUUGGGUUUUGGAAAGUUGGCCCUUUUCAAGAUUCCCAUAAAGCUUAUGCUCACUACGAGUGAAAAAGGAAAGAGGGCUCCUUUAGAUUCCACCCAGUUGGCCCUUUGAUUUCAAUCUCUGCCCCCUUCUUCCUCCUUAAAAACCCUCCAGAUUUCCUUCGGUUCCCUUCCUUCUGCUGCUGUAGGUUAGCUCAGCUCAUCAGUGGAGAUGAACAGGGGAAUGGAAGUCCUGUCACCAGCAUCUUACAUACAGAACUCCAACUGGCUCUUCCAAGAGAGCGAGGAGGCGAGGUGGACCCCGGAGGAGAACAAGCAGUUCGAGAAGGCCCUCGCCCUCUUCGAUAAGGACACCCCCGAUAAAUGGUUCAGGGUGGCUGAAAUGGUCCCCGGGAAGACGGUCGGGGAUGUGAUCAAGCACUACCGCGAAUUGGAAGAGGACGUCAGUGACAUUGAGGCGGGGCUGUUCCCGGUUACAGGGUAUGGGAGCAGUUCCUUCACAUUGGAGUGGGUUAGCGGCAGCGAUCACGGGUUUGAUGGGCUGAAGCAGUUGUAUGGCCCCUGCGGUAAGAGGGGGACCUCUACUAGACCUUCUGAUCAGGAGAGGAAGAAAGGGGUCCCUUGGACUGAAGAAGAGCACAGGCAGUUCUUGAUGGGUCUGAAGAAGUAUGGAAAAGGUGACUGGAGGAACAUCUCCCGCUUUUUCGUGACCACUCGGACUCCAACCCAGGUGGCAAGUCAUGCUCAGAAGUACUUCAUCAGGCAGCUCACUGGGGGUAAGGACAAGAGGAGAUCAAGCAUCCACGACAUCACCACCGGCCAUCUCCCCGAUAGCAACCCUUCUUCCCCAGCAACCUCCUCGCUGGAUAAUCCCCCUGCCACCGUGACCAAAUCGCAGCCGCACGAUCAGCAUCAGAAGAUGGGAGGAGGAAUGGGGAAAGGGCCGUUUGGAUGGAAACAGCCCACUGAAGUCACCAGCAGUGUCACGGAACCAUUCCUCGGCGGAUCACCUUAUGGGUAUAAGUUUCAGGAACAGAACCUUCUGGGAGGAGCGCUUCUGGGCUCUCAGUUCGGAGGUUGUAACCCAGUAUUCCAGAUGCACCAGUACUGAAAUUGAUGAUCGAUCAUGGAGAAUACUGCAUGGAUGGAGAUUGAUGUAUGGGAAAAUAUUAUUUUGGGUUGUACCCUUAUUGAUGUAUCAUCAGGUCCAUAUUAUGUUAUGUGAAUAUGUUAUAUGGGGGCUUGGAUUAGUCCACAACUAGUGGAGUUCUUUUUGAGAUUCUGAACUGUUGAAUCUGAUCUGGUGAGUGAGAGGGCCUAUUUACUGGGUAAAAAAAGAAAAAAAGAAAAAAAAAAGAAUUUGUGUC